GGACCCUCAAAGUAGUUUUCAGUGAGAUCCAAGUGCUCCAACUUGGAGCAAUUGUACAAGAACGUAGGGGAGUGGUGGGGGAUGUAAUUGUAGGAAAGAUCGAGUGUGGUGAGGUUGCUAAGGUUGCAGAUUCCCGACGGGGUUUUGGAGACAAUGUCGUAGUUCUUGAGAAAGAUGUCGGUGACCAAUCCAUCACGGGAGCACUCUGGCCAGCUACACGGAGAGGAGGUGGAAUUCCAGGCUCGAAGCGUAGACGGGUUACCCCAUAGCCGCUUAAGUCCUAAUAAGGUGUCCCGCUGGGUCACGGACUUCCCCCGGUGCGGCAGAUGUGUGAGGAUAAUAAUGACGGCUAUUCUCAGGAAAUAGAAGAGAUGAAGAGGUGGAUUUGCAAUCACGGCCGCCGACGCAGCACGGGAAGAUUGAGAACAAACACGUCCCGUCCCAUCUCAGACCGAUAACUGCAUAUUAUCAUGUCUUCUCAUUUCUUAUGUUGAUGAUUGAUAGUCAGUUCUCUUAUACUAUGGGUGGACUCGGGCCGGGUGGCCCGACUCGGAACCAGCCCGGGAUCGGUACUGUUCCGGCCCGGCCCGGCUCGACCCGGUGGCCCGGUCAGUGACCGGUCUGGGUAGGCCCGACCCGUGGGUAUUCUGGUCUGGGCUCGGGUCACCCAAAACAAGGCCCGGCCCGGCCGGGGCCAGGUCCGGUUCGGGCCAAAAUUGAUUUUUUUUUUCUUUUUUUUUUAAAUUUUUGGGUUGGGUUGGGUAUUUUGGGCCAUUUGGGGUGGUUUGGGGGUUGGGGGUGGGAGGGGGGUUAAUUAGGAAGAGGGAAAAAAAAUUGAUAAUAGGCCCGACCCGGACCGGACCCAGUGGGUACCCGGACCGGUCCCGGGCCCAUCUAUUCAGAACCGGCGGCCCGGCCGAGCCUAGGCCCGACCCGACCCGGCCCGGCCCGGCCCGAGUCCAACUCUAUCUUAUACCAAGUACUAACAGUCUGUUGGUCAUCAUAUCAGAAAGGAAUCAAUCCAUUGUCAACACUCUAAAAUAAAGAAUGAUAACGACAUAAUAGUAUUCACCGAAUCACACAUACAAACUAACAAAAGUCACUUUUGUUUAUUUAUUUAAUCAGUUAAAUACAAGCUAGUACUACAAAAUAAACACUUGAACAUAAGGUACGUUAAUGCUAACAAAAACUGUACCCGCACGGGUAGCUCAGUUGGUCGAGUGGUGGGAGAUUUGGAACAAUGGACAAGGUUCGAAUCCCCGCAGCGAUCGGGUGGAGGUCACAGAACCUGAAAUAAGGCUGUGCCUCUGGUGCGCACAGGUGUAUGAGCCUACUGUCAUUCUUCUGACUGAGUCACCGUGACUAACCUCCCCACCAUCCCGUCGAGGCGGGGUGGGGGCUCCUGGGGUGGGAGAUUUCACCUUUUUUGGAACAAUGCUAACAAAAACUGAAAAAAUACAACUAGACACUUUUAAUUACAAUAAAAAAUUACGGUCUAAAGUUUAGUAAUUCUCAACUUCAAGUACAUCUCUAUAUUAUCCAAAAUGAGAAAAAAAAACCGAAGUACAUUAAAACAUAAUCAAGAGCAAAAAAUACAGAAAUAAAAUGCAGAAUUAAAAAAGAAGAUGAGGAAUUCAAAAAAUAUCUCCAAAAUAACUCUGUCGAACUUGGGCCGGCAAUUGGCCACCAUGAAGAAAAAUUCAUGAUCAUUCAAACUAAGGUCCGAUUUAGCCAAGAAAUAGGAUGGAUAAUUCCCUUCACGAUAAAUGUGGCUAAAAGUCAAUCCUUUAUAUAUCCUUGGCCCGAGUCACAAAUGUUAUGAUCUUACCUCCCCACUUUCAUGUUUGUCUUUGUCAAAGAGAAGUGCAAGCGAGCUAGCAGCGUUCGUUUCCACCUAAAACCAGGGGCUGGUUCAACAUUAACAUUCAGGUGAGGCCAAAAUUGAAUUAAAUAAAAAAUAUCAAAAUUUAGUAAAACAGUACUAUAGUAGGUGUUGAACAAAAUUUAUUUUCAUAUAUAAAAUAACAUCUGUUGCAACAAAAAUGUCAAAGAAAAAAAUAAAUGUUAAAAGAAUAAAAAUUUUAUCAAAGUCAAAUAGAAAAAAACACCUCAAAUUUAUAACUAUUCUUUAGUGUUUUCAUGGAAUGAUAUCAUCAAAUUAGAUGUAAACAUGAAUAUAAAAAUUAGAAUCAUUUAACCGUAUAAAAGAACAACUCAAAUGAGUUCCCUUUGACGGUUUCUGAGAAUAGCACCACCUAAAGAAGAUCCGUGAAGGUGCUAACAUGGACGUGAAGUCUCUUUUUGCUUUGAAGAAGCAGAAGGCGAAGGCUCAGAAGGAGCCGGUCAAGCAGAAGCCCGUCAAGGCCUUAUCCAAGAAGGGGGGUGAGCAGCCCUCUAUAGCUGCCGGUGAUGGGGUCGGGGGCUCUCAGGCCGCAGUGGCCCUGAAAAAGAAGAAAGCCGAAAGGGGGGCUGAGCCCCCGACCAAGAAGCAGAAGGCGGCUGGCUCCGACAAGCAGCCGACCUCCAAUGUUGUGAUCGUUGAGGACGAGGGGCAUGCCUCAGGCCCUACACCCGAAUUCGUCAAUGAGGCCUUCUUCGGUCGAGAGAAGGUGGAGGCCUUUGUGCCGAAGGGAAGUUCUAUCUUGGACACCACCCUCAACCCCCCGGCGUUCAUGUGUCAGGUGAUGCCCUCGGCCGAUAGGAUGGCACUCUCUCGGAUGGACGACAACGGCCUCGAGUCCAAGAUCCUUCUGAGCAGCGCCUCCGUGCGUCACAUUUUCCUUUUCUUUUCCUUUCUUCCGUUAUUAUACAAUGUAUGCGCAAUGCGUAUGACUAUUUUGUGUUCGUCGCCGCAGAACUUCAUCGGCCUCUGCGAGCAUCUUCGGAGGGUGGAGCAGAUGAGGGAGGCCAGGAGCGCCGUUGAUGAGGAGAUAGCUAGCCUCAGGAGGAAGCUGGCAAAGGCAAAAGACACCCUUCGGCUGACGACGGAGGGCGUGGAACAGCGGGUGCAGGCCGCCAAUUCUGAGGAUGCCAUAGCCGAGGCUGGGGAGGCCGCUGCUGAAGCCGCCAAGAUCGCUGCUGAGGAGGCCGAGAAGGUGAAAGCCGAGGAGGUGGCCAAAGCUGGGAGAGCCGCCGUUGAGGCAUUCAUUGCCGAGGGCUGGAUGAACGGGGACAAGAAUGAUUGGGUCUCCUCGGUUGUAGAGAAGAAGGUUGAUGCCUGGGGUGAGGGCCCGGGUAAAAUGUGGUUGGCCGAGAGAGGCGAUUGCUAUUAUCAAGGAGGUUGGCCCGGCAUUUCAACAUCCCCCCCGGAGCAGUUUGAUCUGAAGGCGUAUGGUCUCCCCCUUCGGUAGCCAGAUGUGAGAGUCCCCCUCCCUCCGGGUGAAGAGAGGCCGGUGAUUGAGGAUUCAGAAAUGAUGGGGGACGGUGGCGAAGAUGAGGCUGCUGAUGAUGAUGCCACCUCCAAAACUGCUGAAGGGGGCGCUGCUGAUGUUUGUACUUAAAUAUAUUUUGAACAAUGUUUUGUAAUAACUCCUUAUGAGCUUUUGGCCUCGGCCUUGAUGUACAACCAAUUUACUCCCUCUGUCCCCCUGUUAUUGUCACAUUUCCUAUUCACUUGGUCAACAGGAAAUGUGAUUCUGGUUUUAUGUAUCAAAUUUUUAUCAAAUUUGAUUCUGGUUUUUGCGACUUUGUAAAUCUUUUAUUGUAGUUUCUGAAUAUGUAAUUUUCUUUUUCUAAAAAUAAUUUGAGUACGCACAGGGAUUUGUUUGCUUUAUCGUCGGUCAAGCAUCAUAAACCGC